AUGUAUGCGUGGGUUACCUUAAGUCAGAAUGCUGCUAUCGGCACGAACCAAAAUAGUCAGACAUUUUGGAAAAGUAUCUCGGAAAUGUAUGAGGAAGCUCGUGCGGACAACUCAAAGUUUAUGGGACAACAAAGAACCAUUGAAUCGCUAAGGAAUCGUUAUAGGAGGUUGAACACAAAUGUAACCAAGUGGUUGGGCGCCUACAAAGAAGCAUAUGCUCAAAAAAGUAGCGGUAUGUCUGAUGCAGAUGUUGAAACGAUAGCUCAAAAAUUUUACAGCGGCGAAAAAGAUCGUGGAUGCUCCAAAAGAUCAAGAACUACCGAAGGAGAUGAGGACCCAAACGAUGAAAUCCAAGUUAGUGAAACUUCAACAAUUCGACGUCCUACUGGCAGAGACAGGGCGAAAGGAAAAAGGAAACGAAAAGCCACUGCAUCACAACCCCCAGUUGUUCCUGAUGACUACACUGAAGCACUUAAUGCAAUGAGGAUCACACGUGAGAAAGAAAUUGAAGCAAUUAACAAGAUUGGAGAAAUUAAGAUGCAAAAAUUAGCCUUGAACACGCUCAACAACAAAAUGAAUAUGCUCAACACUUUGAUGGGUAAAAGCAACUUGUCUCCUCAAGAAGAAGUUGUCAAAAACCGCCUGAUGCAGGAAUUAUUCCCAUGA